GUUAGCCUCAUAAUGGCGGACUGCGUUGGAAAAACGCAUGUUUUUACUGCGGCUAUGUUGCGCUUCAGUAGCUCUUCUGAUUCAUCGCAUCCGUUAUCAACAAGCAGCAUGGCGGAGCCGACUGUCCGGAUGUCUGGGAUUGUGUUAGCUUCUCUAAUGUUCCAGCAUGUUAACAGUGAUUCGGACGUGGAAGGUCUGAUUCUAGGAGAGAGUAAGUUCGAGGAGCAGAUCACCAUCAGCGACUCUCAGGCCGACCACAUCCACAUCGAGGAAAUCUACAACAUCCAGAAGCACAUGGCCUGCCCCAGACUCAACCACUUCUACAACAGUGUAGGAGAAGUAAACAUGGACGUUGUGAAGAAUAUCCUGGCCGACAAUAAGCAGGAGAGCGUGAUUGGCUGGUACCGACAGCGCAGGAACUCGGGCCAGCAGAUGACGUUCAGAGAGAAGCUGGUCCACGAGAAGCUGAAGGCGUCUCUGUCCAACCCUCACAUGAUCUUCGUGCUGCUCACGCCCAGCAGGCUGACCGCUACGGGCGCCACGCACCGCACCGAGUACGCCGCGUUCAUCUCCCGCAGCAG